UGAGUUUCUUUUUUAGAGGGAAAGGGAAUGAGAAGAAAAAGCAGGCGGUGGUGGGGGUGGCGCACGGAGGUGGUAGUUUCGUUGUGGUGGGCUAGGCUUUUUGACCCGAGAAAAGUCUCUCUUUAUCUCGCUCUGUUUUUUCCUCUUUCUUCACUUUCUCUCUCCAGACUCUCUCUCUACAAGUCUUGAUCUUUGCGUAGUUAAAAGCAGAGGUGAAAAACCAGAGCCUGCGUUCAUUGAACCAGGUUUCAAUUUUUUUCUUCUCUUCCUCUGGGGUUUGGCUAGUGGUGUGGCAUUUCUGCAAGUGGGGUUUGAGAAAGAGACUUUGUGGAGGUCUUACGGAGAAAGAGCUUUCCAUGUGCAGUGGUUCCAAGAGGAAACUCUGUCCCACCAUGGAGGGUGAAGUUCAGAAACAGGAGGCGUUUUGCUGUAAUUUUUCUCUUUUGCUGGAAUUAUCUGCUGCCAAUGAUCUGAUUGGCUUUAGAACUGCUGUUGAAGAAGAGGGCCGUGAUGUUGAUGAGGCCAGCUUUUGGUAUGGGAGGAGAAAUGGGUCUAAGAAGAUGGGGUUUGAAGAGAGGACACCCCUCAUGAUCGCUGCCAUGUUCGGAAGCAAGGAAGUUUUGAAUUAUAUCCUUGCAACCAACCGUGUUGAUGUUAACAGAGCUUGUGGUUCGGACGGUGCCACUGCUCUUCACUGUGCUGUUGCAGGUGCCUCAGCUUCCCUGCCUGAGGUUGUGAAGCUCUUGCUUGAUGCUUCUGCAGAUGCUAAUUGUGUUGAUGCUAGGGGGAACCGGCCCGGAGAUCUUAUUGCUCCUAUCCUUAGCUUGACCUUCAAUUCAAGGAAGAAGGCUGUGGAGGUCAUGCUGAAGGGUAGUAGUAGUAUUGGGGAAGCAUGUGUAUUGUCUGAUCAAACGGUGGAUGACAUGGAAGAGCAGCAACAGCAAGAGAUUUCAGUUCAACGGGUUUAUGGGACUCCUGAGAAGAAAGAGUAUCCUGUUGAUCUCUCUCUUCCAGACAUUAAAAAUGGUAUAUAUGGGACAGAUGAGUUCAGAAUGUACACAUUCAAGGUAAAGCCUUGCUCAAGGGCUUACUCUCACGAUUGGACAGAGUGUCCGUUUGUACACCCAGGGGAAAACGCGAGGAGGCGUGAUCCACGGAAAUAUCAUUACAGCUGUGUUCCCUGCCCAGAGUUCCGAAAGGGGAGCUGCCGGCAGGGGGAUGCCUGUGAGUAUGCUCAUGGAAUUUUUGAGUGCUGGCUUCAUCCAGCCCAGUAUCGGACCCGUCUCUGCAAAGAUGAGACUGGGUGCACUAGAAGGGUUUGUUUCUUUGCUCACAAGCCUGAAGAGCUUCGCCCGUUGUAUGCUUCCACAGGUUCAGCAGUGCCAUCUCCCAGAUCAUUCUCAGUGGGAGCUUCUUCUUUGGACAUGUCUCCAAUUAGCCCGCUUGCCCUUGGUUCUUCGUCUGUCUUGAUGCCUCCUACUUCAACACCACCUAUGACACCCUCCGGAGUGUCUUCUCCUAUGGGUGGAACCAUGUGGCAGAACCAGCCUAACAUCAUACCUCCUAACCUGCAGCUUUCUGGUAGCAGGUUGAAAUCUUCAUUAAGUGCUAGGGACAUGGAUUUGGAUGUUCUUGGGCUAGAAAGUCAUCGUCGCCGGCAGCAGCAGUUGAUGGAUGAAAUGGCUGGACUUUCUUCCCCAUCCAGCUGGAACAGUGGCCUGAACACUUCUGCAGCUUUUGCGGCCUCCUCUGGAGAUCUAAUUGGAGAAUUAAAUAGGCUUGGAGGAAUGAAGCCGACUAACCUUGAAGAUAUUUUUGGAUCUCUCGAUCCUACAAUUUUGCCUCAAUUACAGGGACUUUCAAUGGAUGCUGCAGCACCCCAGCUGCAGUCUCCCACUGGAAUACAGAUGCGCCAGAACAUUAAUCAGCAGCUCCGCUCGAGCUACCCUGCGAGCCUCUCAUCUUCACCUGUCAGAGGGUCAGCAUCAUUUGGGAUGGACCCAUCUGGCUCUGCGACAGCAGCAGUUUUGAAUUCAAGGGCAGCUGCCUUUGCAAAGCGGAGCCAGAGUUUCAUUGAGCGAAGUGCUGCUAACCGUCAUUCUGGGUUUUCUUCAUCUGCUUCUUCUGCAGCUGUAGUGCCUUCCCCACUUUCUGAUUGGGGCUCACCUGAUGGCAAAUUAGACUGGGGUAUUCAGGGAGAGGAGCUGAACAAGCUGAGGAAAUCGGCUUCUUUUGGGUUCAGAAGCAAUGGCAGCAGUUAUGCAGCACAAGCAGCCUCUGUGCCAGCAGCUGCGGAUGAGCCAGAUGUGUCUUGGGUUCAGUCCCUGGUGAAGGAAGCCCCAUCAGCAAGACCUGGGCAAUUCGGUUAUGAGGAGCAGCAUCAAUAUCAUCUCAAUAGUGGAGGUUCUGAGAUACUCCCACCUUGGGUCGAGCAGUUGUGCGUGGAGCAGGAGCAGAUGGUGGCAUGAAAGCAAAUAUUAAUCCCCACAUCAGUUAAUUUAACUUUUUAACAAGCUUGUUUUCAUUUAUUAAUUUUUAUUGAUAUUCACCAUACGUAGUUGGAAGGAAAUGCAGAAAGAACAAAAUAUACCCGAAGGGAGAAAACAAAGAACUUGGGCAGGAUGAAAAGGUCCUGCCUAUACCAAUAUCAGGUUCUUCAUAAUAAAUAGAUUUUUCUGUCUUUUUCUUUUUGUUCCUUUUGCCUCUCCAUUGGAGAUUAUAUUCAUUCUAGUAGAAAUCUGAUGUGGGAAGUAUUAUCUUC